AUGACUACAGCUCACAGACCCACUUUCGAUCCCGCGCAAGGGAAAGAGGCCCUUCGUGGACCGGCUUAUCAUCAACGACUUUUGCCCGCAUAUACGCACCUCAAAACUCGUCAAUUAGGGCAAGGAAGUGAAACCGAAGUCCGACAACGCGACCUACGAGCCGAGCUUCUCCAGGCUGAGGCGGCUCACUUUGCCAAGAAGAACGGAGUCCCAAUCAAUGAACCGGCCAUUGAAAGCGCGGCGCCGAAACGUCUAUUAGAAGGGGGCCCUCCGGAUGGUGCAGGCGAAGCAGAAGAGGAGGACCCAGAAGCGAAACGACGGCGGAUAUUAGAGGAAACUCGGGAUAUAGAUGCGGACUCGGAUGGAUCAGAAGAUGACAGUAGUGAAGAAGAGAGUGAUGACGAAGAUGAAGCUGCGGAAUUGAUGCGGGAACUGGAAAAAAUCAAGAGGGAGAGGCUAGAGCAGAAAGAGAAAGAGGAACGCGAACGUGCUGCAAAGGAAGAGGAGCAACGAGAGUAUGACAUUGCCAAGGGCAACCCGCUGCUCAACCCCCAAGACUUUAAUCUCAAGCGGAGAUGGGACGACGACGUUGUCUUCAAGAAUCAAGCUCGCGGGACCGAAGAGAAACGGGGCAAGGAGUUUGUCAACGAUUUGUUGCGCUCCGAUUUCCACAGAAGAUUUAUGUCCAAAUAUGUCCGAUAG